UAUUAAACCUAACGGUGCCUUAUUCAUACACCACCGCACUUCCCGCUCUGUACCGCCAAAUGGAUUUCACCACACUCUCCUUUCUACUCCUCACCAUCUCCGCCUCCUCCGCCGCCGCCGUCUCCGCCGCCAAUGACACCGCCGCACUUUCUCUUUUCCUCUCCCAGACCGACCUCCAUGGCACGCUUACUUCCAACUGGACUACCACCGGCGAAGCAACCACCGCCUGCGCCGCCAAUUGGAUCGGCGUAAAUUGCACCGACCGCCGCGUCACCGCCGUCGCGCUGCCGUCUCUCAACCUCCGAGGUCCGAUCGACGCACUUUCGUCGCUGCAACAGCUCCGCCUCCUCGACCUCCGGGGCAACCGCCUCAACGGUACUCUCAAUUCCCUCGCUAACUGCCUCAAUCUCAAACUCGUAUAUCUCUCCGGCAACGACUUCUCCGGCGAGAUUCCGCCGGAACUGUCCUCGCUCCACCGCCUCCUCCGCCUCGAUCUCUCCAACAACAACCUCCACGGCUCCAUUCCGUCGGAAUUCUCCAAACUGUCGCGCCUCCUCACUCUAAAGCUCCAAAGUAACGCUCUCUCUGGAACUCUCCCGAACUUUCUAGAUUCGCUUCCUCAGUUGAAAGAUCUGAACCUCUCCAACAACGAAUUCUCUGGAAUUCUACCGAAGAGCUUAUCCUCGAGGUACGGAGCAAGUAGCUUCUCCGGCAAUCCAAACCUCUGCGGCGGCGGAAAUCCUAAUUUCGCCAACUGUUCGUCCGCCGGAAAGCUUCCUCCCGCCCAAACCGUACCGUCAAACCCUACCUCCCUUCCGUCGCCGUCAAUCGAGCACCACCACCGCCACAGCCUAAGCGACGGAGCUGUAGUAGCCAUUGUAGCAGCCAAUUCGGUGCUCCUAUUACUGCUCGCCUCAAUUGCAGUCUGCUACUACUGCUGCAGCACCUCAAAGGACACCAAUUCCAUGGCGGCCGACAGCGAGGGCGGAAAGAGGAGCAGGAGCAGCUACUCCAGCGAAAAGCGAGUGUACGCCAACAAUGGCGACAGCAGCGACGGCACAAAUUCAACUAAUAAGAGCAAACUUGUGUUCUUUGACAGGAAGAAGAAGCAAUUCGAGCUGGAGGAACUGCUCCGGGCGUCGGCGGAGCUGCUGGGGAAAGGAAAUUUGGGGAGUGUGUACAAAGCUGUUCUUGAUGAUGGAAGCACAGUGGCGGUGAAGAGGCUGAAAGAUGCAAAUCCUUGUGGGAGGAAAGAGUUUGAGCAGUACAUGGAAGUAAUUGGGAGGAUGAGGCAUCCAAAUGUGGUGAAAUUGAGGGGAUAUUAUUAUGCCAGGGAAGAGAAAUUGCUUGUCUAUGAUCAUCUUCCUAAUGGGAGUCUGCAUUCUCUGCUUCAUGAGAGGCGAGGGCCGGGAAGGGUUCCGCUUGAUUGGACAACAAGAGUCAGCCUGAUACUCGGAGCCGCAAGAGGGCUCGCAAGAAUUCACCAAGGCAACAACAACGCCGACCACAUAGGAUCAAGAAUCCCACACGGGAACAUCAAGUCCUCCAAUGUAUUGCUCGACAAAAACGGGAUUGCAUGCAUUUCCGAUUUCGGGUUAUCGUUGCUGCUGAGCCCCGCCCACACGACAUCCCGGCUGGGAGGGUACCGAGCUCCCGAGCAGGUGGAAACCAAGCUACUAUCGCACAAGGCUGACGUUUACAGCUUCGGGGUCGUGCUGCUCGAAAUUCUGACGGGCCGGGACCCGUCGCUCGACUUGCCCAAUUGGGUCCGGUCCGUGGUGCGGGACGAGUGGACUGCCGAGGUGUUUGAUUCCGAGCUCUUGAGGUACAAGAACAUCGAGGAGGAGCUGGUGUCGAUGCUGCACGUGGCAAUGGCGUGUGUGGUGGCGCAGCCGGAGAAGAGGCCAGGGAUGGAAGAGGUGGUUAUGAUGGUGGAGGAGAUUCGAGUCGAGCAGUCGCCUUUAGGGGAGGACUACAUUGACUCGAGGAAUUCUUUGUCGCCGUCUUUGGCUAAUACGGACGACGGAUUGGUAGCAUGAAAUUGUGUCGCCAAGUUUCAGCACUGCUGCUGUUGCACAAGUUUGUCGCGCGAGCGGGGGCAGGCAGUUGUAUGAAUUGUUUGUAUCUUGGCGGGAGAUUUUUUUGUUACUAUUUGUUAAGGUAAAUUAGCGUAAGAUUUGUUCGUUGGUCUGUUUAAACCAGUGGUUGAUGCAUUGUUUUUGUUUCUCAUUUGAUGCAUUUUGUUCGUCAAAUGUAUAUAGAUUGGUUGGCCUUUUAUUUAUUUUUAUUUUAAUUUGAAUAGUAAUUUAUAUGUUUC